CGUAAGCAUUUUGAGAACUUCCUGGGUCAUUAGAAUUCCGCGAUGGCUGGAUUGGAGUUAUCUUAUUUUUUAAAUGCAAUUUCUUUUCUUUUGUCCAGGUCUUGAUCCACCGGGAAGGCCUGGAAACACACGGCUGGUACUUUCAUUUCAGGUCUGUUUCUCUGCUGAUUAAAGAUCUCAUAUAAAGGAAAGGAAGCCAGGAAGAGGGAAUUAAAGAAGAACAAGAAACAGCGUAUGAUGGUGAGGGCAGCUGUGCUGAAAAUGAAGGACCCAAAGCAAAUCAUCCGUGACAUGGAAAAGCUGGAUGAAAUGGAGUUUAAUCCAGUGCAGCAGCCUCAGCUUAAUGAAAAAGUUUUGAAGGAUAAACGGAAAAAGCUGCGAGAAACAUUUGAGAGGAUUCUGCGACUGUAUGAGAAGGAGAACCCUGAUACUUUCAGAGAGUUGAGGAAAUUAGAGCAGGAGUAUGAGCAAAAGCGUUCUCAGCUCAGCCAGUAUUUUGAUGCUGUUAAGAAUGCCCAACAUGUGGAGGUAGAAACCAUCCCUUUGCCAGAUAUGCCUCAUGCACCUUCUAGCAUCCUGGUACAAGACAUUCCUCUGCCUGGGGCUCAACCUGCCUCCAUACUGAAGAAAACAUCAGCAUAUGGGCCUCCAAUGCGACCUAUAACUGUAGCUCCUCCCCCAGGCUUUGGAGUACCUAGAUUGCCUCCUGGUAAGAAGCCUCCUGGUCCACCCCCAGGACCACCACCUCCACAGUUAGUAAAGAUGUAUGGUCGAAAAAUGGGCUUUUCUGUGAAAAAACCUAAGAAAAAGCAAAAGGAAAGUGUUCUGUAUAACCCCGAAAUAGCUACCGAUAGUCUGGAUGAAGAGUCACCUAGUGAAGAUGAGGGUUAUAGGGAAGAAAUGGAUCAGGAUGAUGAGCAUGGUGGUGGUGCGGAUGAUGACAGUGAGAUGGAUGACUCUGAAGGUCAAGACACUGAUGAAGAGGACUUGCACUUCCAGGAUGGGGAGAAAGAGAGAAAAAAGAGAGUCAUCAACAAGAAAUCUGGGCACAGUGUGCGAUUUGCAGAUGCCACUGACAAGCCAAAACAGAAGAAGAAGAAGCCAGUAAAGGAAAUAACACCAGUGCAGGCCAUGAUGUUGAGAAUGGCAGGUCAAGAAUUGCCAGAUGAUGAUGAUGAAGAAGAUGAAGACGACGAAGACGAUGAUGAUGAUGACGACGACGAUGAUGAUGAUGAUGAUCAGGAGGAUCAGGAAGAUGAAGAAGAAGAAGACGAAGAAGAAGAAACAGAUGAAGAGUCAGAUACUGAGGAAUCAAAGCCACAGGAGGAAUCUCGCCCAGAGGCACCUGCAAUUGCACCACCACAGUUACCAGCUGCACCACCGGCUGUGAUUCCAGCACCUGCCAUGCCAGUUCCUCCUCCUCUUGGUCCUCCACCAGCACCACCUUUGAGGCCUCCAGGACCACCUUCUGGUCUUCCCCCUGGCCCACCUCCAGGUGCCCCACCUUUUCUACGUCCCCCUGGAUUACCAGCAUUGAGAGCACCAUUACCACGACUGCUUCCUCCAGGACCACCUCCAGGGAGACCUCCUGGCCCUCCUCCAGGCCCUCCUCCUGGUCUUCCACCUGGUCCACCUCCACGAGGACCUCCGCCUAGAUUACCUCCCGCUGCACCCCCAGGUUUACCACCACCUCGUCCUGGAUUGAUUCGACCUCCCAUAGCACCUCCUCCAUCAGCACCGCCGCCAGUAUUAUUCCCACCAGCGCCCAUUCAAAAUCCACAGAACACUGGAGUCCUCAGUGCUCCGCCUAGCUUGAUUCAGCGUCCAAAAUCAGAUGAGGUGUCUGCAACCAUUGAGAAGAAGGCGACUACCACCAUUACAGCAAAACCACAAAUAACCAAUCCCAAAGCUGAUGUUACUCGUUUUGUCCCAACAGCUCUACGUGUCCGUAGAGAAAAUAAAGCUGGUGUUGUUCCCAAAAGAUUGGAAGAAGAACCUGUUCAUACAGUUACCAAACCAGCACCCAAAGCAAAUGCCUCAGUGGUGGCUGUGCAAACAAAGGAUGACGUCUAUGAGUCAUUUAUGAAAGAAAUGGAGGGACUACUGUAAAGAACAAUGAAAGAAGAGUAUAUUUUAUGUUUAAUGUAAGUAAAGUAAAAAGAUGUGCUGCACACCCCAAAUUCUCAUUGGAAUUUCUACUUCUGAGUCUGUCCUGCAGUACCCGUUGUCUUUGGAUCUUCAUUUUAAGUGUUGUCCACUUUUUCAACAUAUUUAGGGCAUUAAUGUUUUUGUGUGAAAAAAUUUGGACUGCAUAAAAACUUAUUGCUGUGAAGAAUUAUGCUGUCCCAUAUUUUAUGCUCUUAAUGAGCCCAUUCACUGCACAGAUUAGAUUGGUAUUGUGCAGUAGUCAGUAGUUUCCUGGUUCAUUAUCACAGCAUCCAUAAGUUUUUGAACUGAUCUAUUGGAAGGAAACCACAAAAAGAUAUAUAUAUAUUUGUCAUUUUAUGUCAGCCUAGAAAUUAAAGCGACAUGGAUUUAUUUACAUAACUGACAUCGAACUGGAUGCCAUAAUGAUGAUACAGUUUCUUCAUCACAAGAGCUGCAGUUUUAAUGCCAAACGUUUUAGUACACAAUGGUGCAAAAAGGCAUUUGAUGGGUCUGUUGGAGAUUACCUUCUUUUCCUUCCAAGGAUGUUACUAAUAACUUUUCUCUGCUGUGGGUAAAAUAAUUUUAUUUUGGCAGAAAUAUGUAGUGGCAUUCACAGUUAAUGCACAUUUUUAUUUAUUUACAGUAACAGCUCCCUGCUCCAUUUCAGUUUCAGAAUUUUUGUCACAUUUUGACAGUUGAAGUAAAACACGCGCACACCCACCAUCAUUCUCCCAAAAUUCUUCCUGUUGCUGGUAUUAACUCGGAACAAAUGCUUAUUUGCUUAUAAAGUAUUGCAUGCUGUUCCCGUAGAACCUAAUUUAAUGGAACAAGCUGAACAUCAAUAUUGCAAAGUUUUAUUUUGAGGAUGGUAAUUGAAAGACAGCUGAAAUAUACUGAUAGUGUUGCUCGGCAUACAUUAAAAAUAUAUCUUCCCCAGCCUAACCCCAAAAAUAAGCAAAUAAGUUCUGUGAGAAUUAAGAUCAUCCAUUUCCAGAAAACGUAUCUUAAUUUAGAUGUCAAGUAGCUAACAAAAUCUCAUAAGGUGUCCACCGAGUUACAUGUACCAUAAUAAAUAACAUUAUCAAAGUUUAAUUGUUAUCUUGUUUUGGUCUAUAUCUUGUUCAUUAAUGUAAGUAGCAGUGAUUGUCUUUUGUACAUGGUCUGUUUUGCAGUGAUAUUUUUUUUCAGUGAAGCUUCUUUUAUCUUUUCAUUUAACUUGUAAUUAAGUCCUACUUAAUGUAGGAUUGUAAUUUUCAGUCAUUAAAGUGCCUUGGUGACUGAG